UUGCUGACUGUGUAUGCAGCAAAAAAGAGCAAAUCUGUGUGUCUGCUGAGCACCAAGCACCAGACGGUGGAGAUUGAAGAGACUCAGAAACAGAAACCAAACACUGUUACUGACUACGAGCUCCUGAAAGGCGGUUUGGACAUUAUAGACCCGAAAUUAGGGACUGAAUCAGCUGGAUGGCCCGGCGGCGUGCUGCCCAACAUCCAGGCUGUACUUCUGCCCAAGAAGACCGAGAAGCCCGCCAAGGCCAAGUACCAGGCGGUGGAGAUUGAGGAGACUCAGAAACAGAAACCAAACACUGUUACUGACUACGAGCUCCUAAAAGGCGGUUUGGACAUUAUAGACCCGAAAUUAGGGAGAUGGCCCGGCGGCGUGCUGCCCAACAUCCAGGCUGUGCUUUUGCCCAAGAAGACCGAGAAGCCCGCCAAGGCCAAGUAA